GUCUUUAACAUUUAUUUAUCUAACAGGGAUCGUACAGUUAAACAUAGUUAUAUACAGAUAAUGUACAGAGGUCCAGGUUUAUGAUACCUUCAGUAUCACUCUCAAAUCUGCGGCUCUAUAGAAAAUCAAUAGGCUGCAGUACAAUCUGUUAAUGGUUCAGUCAAACUGAGAAUAUGUUUGUCUUCCAUCCUACAAAGGUUGUUAAGGCUGUGAAUAAUAAUUUUAAACAUGUGACAGUCCAAACAUAUUUUACAGGCCUAAUUUUUGGGACCUGAACAUUAAAGAUUUAAACUGAUCAAAACCUGAGAUGUGCUGAAAUCUCUUUCCUGGAUUCUGUCUGGUUUGACACAGAUCGACCUCAUUGUUUCACUUGUGUAGUGGAAAUUUCAGGUUUUUUGAUUGUGAUUCUGGUUUUCCAUGACUGACCACAGGUUGUUCACUUCUUUUACCACUUGUUGCCCCUCUGUUCAUGACUCCUUUGUUCUGACAUAUGGGACAAAUAUUAAAUACUGUUGAAUGAGAACUUGAUAUAAAAAUGCUGCAUUUCACUGGGCUCUGGUCCUUCAAGGAUCGUUUUCAUAAGACAGAAACUAAAACCUGAUCUUUGUUUGAUCAUUUAAAAUCAAUAGAAUAUUAAUGUUGGUUAUAGUUAGAGAAACAUUUGUCAUCACCUGCUUCAUACAGUCAGCUUACAGAGAAAAGAUGUUACACACCAGUGAGGUCAGUAUAAUGAGGCUGUGAUGUUAUUAACCUGUCCAGGCUCUGUCCACAGUCAUGAACUGUGUCAUUACUUCACAGUGUUCAUCCAAUGAUGUGAAAAUGUUCCAUAUUUAAAUGUUAAUGUUUUUCUGAUAAAAACAUUUUCCACAGUCGUUUCUACAACACAUAAUUUAAACUUUGUUCUGAAAAUGUUGUUUUGAUAAAGUUCAAAAAAUUUUUCUGACCAAAUAUUACCAAAGAUUAUUGAUGAUGUUCAGGUUAGUUUCUCCCUCCCCUCCCUCUCCCCAUCUCCCUUACACCUCCCUCCCUCCCUCUCUGUUCCAACAUGUUUAUUUGCAUAUAGAACAGGAGUCUGGCGUCACAUGUUACUUUCAGGUACAAACAGGGUCAAACACACAUUUAAACUGUGUUCAGAUAAAACCAGGACUCUUCCGACAGCUGACCGAUCAGAGGAAACAAGGUCAGACGUACACAUCCAUCAAAAGACAUGAUGUAAAUCUUAAUGAACUGUCCAAUAUGGGCUUCAUUAGCAGGAUACUGAGCUGGUUUUAUGGUCCAGUUUCAAAAAUUUGUCCUGGACAGAAUCACAGUCUGUGCACCAAACAAAACUCUCAGUCCGUCAGUUUGAAUAAGGAAAACUUCUAGAAAACAGCAGGUUGUGAAGGGAGGGUGAGUUACUCUUCAAUGUACAGCAUUAAGGAAAAUAUCCAUUGUUAUGUUAUCUGUGUUGCAGUCAUGGCGUCUCCACGGUGGUCUACCUCCAUGCUGUUGGCUUCACUGAUCCUUCUUCUUUACUGGACGACCUCCUCUGCUCAGUCACAUGACUCCACCUCCACCGACCUGUCUCCACGACACAGGCACCUGUGAUAAAUAGAGAUCUGAAGCCUGGCCGACAAAAGAUGAAAACAGUUACAGAUAGGAGGAUCCCACCUGUGCCAAAGGGAGACCAGCACUCACAAAGGAGUUUGCAAUCACCAUCACCUUUUACCCUGGAGUUGGUCAAUGUCUUGUCUGGAAUGGCUGUACAGCAAGGUUGCAGGAGAGACAAAGAGCACGGCACCACUAGAAAUGCAGAGUUUAGUUCACAUAUGAAAAGUCCACUCAGUUCUGAAAGUCUUACACACGGCAAUUACAGACAUUCACUGGAUUUGGAGUCUCACUUAGAAAGAAGGAGCCAUCAAAGUCUAGAAAGGGUCCCAUCAAAACGCCAUCACCAUGAAUGGCCUCAGACGAAAGAAGACUUUGACCAGCACGACUUUGUCCCAAUGGAAAAGCCUCAACAGACCUGUGAGGAAGAUUGGUACAUCGGGACAUGUAGUCGAGCAGAUGCUGAGCACGCCUUGCACCUGGUGAACAAGGAUGGUGCAUUUUUGGUGCGAGACUGCUCCACCAACAGCAACUUUGAACCCUUGGUAUUGGUUGUGUAUCAUGAAAAGAAGGUUUACAAUGUCAAAAUUCGGUUUGUCGAGAGCACAAAAAAGUACGCAUUGGGCACAGGAUAUCGCUCAAAUGAUAUGUUUGACUCUGUGGCAGACAUCAUCAAGUUCCACUCCAUAUUUCCAAUAACACUUGUCAGUGGGAGAACCGCGAUGGGAAACAAGUACCCAGACAACUGUGUGCUGACAUUUCCUAUAACAAAAGGGGAUGUUGAACGGUUGCUACAAUAACAUGUGAACCUUGCCAACAAAGAUUUGUCAAUGUGUUUCUUGUGUCAUGUGUGUUCACAGUUCCUUAAAAACUGUAGCGCUGUCAUUCUGAGUAAGUUGGGGUGGAUGGAUUUUGUAAAAGAAAAAUAUAUAUGUUGAUCAGAAGUACCUAUAUUUUCUGGUUAUUUUGAUAAUAAUGUGCUAAUGGUUUUUCAAUUAAUUCCAUAGACAAGUGGUUCUCAAAGUCUUUGGGUCCAGUGACACAAAAUCUCCUAUAAUCCUAAUAUCGAUUUGGCUGGUUCUGCCACAGCAUUCGAAAAUCUCCCCACACCUGCUAGCUACCAGGCUAAUAAACUAGCAAGUGAUUUCAUUGUUACAGUGAGUCACAAUCAUAUCAGUUCCUCCUGUUCCUCCAUAAUAUGGUAGCAAUUACUGGAUAUAAUAUGUUUUUGUUAUUGAAUCAAAUGCUCCCCAAUCUGUAAAAUGCACUUUUUAAUGAUCUA